AUGUCGAGUCCAAACGUGCUAUCAAACAGCUGGAAACUGGGCGAACUGGUGCCUCCAUUGCACUCUCCUCGUGCUCUUCACCACCAUCACUCAAGCUCAAAUAGCCCUUAUAAUAACAGUUUACUAUAUAAUGACAACAACAACAACAAUAACUUCAACUACUCAUUCAUCAACAAGGACUUCAUAGAUUUCGAUCCUCAUGACCAAUCCACUGCUCUGCCAAAUCAUGCCUCCAUCUCAGCUUUCAGAAACUUGACAUCCACCCCAAGAUCUUCACACCCAACUUCUCUUCCAAAAUCAUUACCUAUUGAUUGGAAUCUGUUCAAUAAACAAUUCACUUUGAAUCAAAAAUUGAGACAAUCGAAAUUGAAAAGAAAAAGAUCUGAAUUAGGUGAUGCUACUGAUGUUGAUGUUGAUGAUGAACCCCAGAUCCAAAACAAUUUUGAAAACUUACCCUUCCAAGUUAUUGACUUUAUUGCAGAUUGUGUUGAAUCUCAAACUGAUUUAAUCAAUCUAAGUCAAACUUGUAAAUUUUUCAAUAGAAUCAUCAACAAAAGAUUAUAUUCCAAAAUCAUCAUUGUGGAUAAAAUCACUGAUAAACACAAAAAUUAUGAUAGUAAUUACACGUUAUUAGAUGUGAAAAAUUAUCCAAAAUUUUUAGCUUCUUUACAUUCAAAUGAAAUCAUCAUUCAACUUAUUAAUGAAAUAAUCAUUGAUACUUCUUCAAAUAAUACAAGUUAUGAUCAAUUAACAGACAACAUUUUUGAAUCAUUAUAUGAAUUAUUUUUAACCAAAAAUAACAAUUUGAAAGUUUUGGAAAAUUUGGAUCUAAACAAUUUGAAAAAAUUUGAUUCAUUAAUCCAAUACAAUAGAGAUUAUUUGAUUAAACAUAAUCAUAACAAAUACAAUUAUUAUGUUUCAUCUGCUGAUUCAUUAGAUGAAAUCAUUAGAAAAGAUUUAUUGAAUUUACAAAAUUUCCAAUUAUUAGAUUUGAAUGAUAUUAAUAAAUUACCAAGCUCUACUAAAUCAUUAUCAAUCUUCAUUGAAAAUCAACACAACUUUAAAGAUAAUUUUAAACUAAAUUUGAAUGGAUGGAGAGUUUUAUCAAAUCUUACGUCAUUACAGUUAAGUACUCCUACAACUUUUGAUUCAUUUGUUGAAGAAUUAUAUUCAAUUUAUACAAAUACCAACAACACUUUCAAACCAACAAAAUUAUCAAAUAUUAAAACUCUUUCAAUAUCAAAUGUUCAUAAAUAUGAUUUAGAAAAUGGCCAUUCAAAUGAAUUAUCAUUAGCAAAGUUAAAUACAAUAAUUGAUAUGAGUAAAAUUCAAGAGUUGGAGUUGAAAGUUAAAUGUUAUGAGAAUGUUUUAUGUAAUUGUUGUAUCAUGAAAUUUUUCAAUGAUUGGUAUGAAACAUUAGGUUUAGAUUCCAAAUUUUCAAGUUUGACUAAAUUAUCAAUUAUAAAUCAUUCACCUUCAUCAAAUUCAAAUAUAAACAUUCAAUGGGAUCAAAUCUUGACAAAUAAAAUCUUUUUAGAGAAAUUUGGUGGUGAAAAUUUGGAAUUUUUCUUUAUAAAUUUAAAUGAUUUCCCAUUUGUUCCAUUAUUUGAAAAAACUGCAUCAUUUGAAACUAAUGAUUCAAUGAAAUUACCAAUUAAUAAUGAUAUCCUAAGAAUUAGAAAAUUAAUGUAUCAAUCUUUAUUGAAAAGUUUUAAAAAUUUACAAGAUUUCAUCAUACCUGAUUUUUUUUAUAAUUGGUUGGUUUAUAAUAAUAUUGAAGAUUUAUCAAAUGAUGAUAAUUUAAAUUAUUUAAAUUAUUUGGAUUCAUGUCAUUGUGUUGAAUGUUGUGAGGCAAGAUUAAUUUUCAAAAAUUAUUCCAAAACAACAGCUUUUAAAGAUUUCAAGGGAAGAUUUAAUUCAAAUUUGAAUUAUAACAAAGGUCCUUGUGUUUCAAAUUAUAACAAAUUAAAUGAUUCACCAGAUAGUUAUAGAAUUUUUUAUAAUUUUUUGAUUAGAGAAUUAAAAUCAAGAAUUCCAUUAAAACAAUUAAACAAGAUUCAAAAUUCUUUAAAUAUGGAAAAAUUCCCACCAAAUCAAAUCAGUAAUACAAUUGUUUCAAAACAAGAUUUCAACAAAUUAAUCAAAUUAAUCAUUCAUUCAUUAAAACAUCACAUUAAUUACAUAUUAGUUCAAUUACCAAAUAUCAAGAAAUUUAAUCUUGGUGGGAUAUUGUUUAAAUGUUAUAAACAACAAGAUAAUAAAAUUAUGGUUCAUGCUGUUUAUGAUGAUUAUAAUGAAGUUUUCAAAAUUAGAGGAAAUUGA